CGGAGCCAGGUGAGCAGGGCUGCUGCUGCUGCUGGCGGCGGCUGGGCUGCUCGACGAGGCGUCCGUCCGUCCGUCUGGCGCACACGCCACCCCCCACGCCCACCAUGUCCAAGCCCUCCGACCACAUCAAGCGCCCCAUGAACGCCUUCAUGGUGUGGUCCCGGGGCCAGCGCCGGAAGAUGGCCCAGGAGAACCCUAAAAUGCACAACUCGGAGAUUAGCAAGCGCCUCGGGGCCGAGUGGAAGCUGCUGUCGGAAGCCGAGAAGCGCCCGUACAUCGACGAGGCCAAGCGGCUGCGCGCCCAGCACAUGAAGGAGCACCCCGACUACAAAUACCGGCCCCGCCGCAAGCCCAAGAACCUGCUCAAGAAGGACAGGUAUGUCUUCCCUUUGCCUUACCUCGGAGACACUGACCCCCUAAAGGCGGCUGGGCUCCCCGUGGCAGCCACGGACUCUCUGCUCAGCUCCCCGGAGAAGGCGCGGGCUUUCCUGCCCCCCACCUCCGCGCCCUACUCGUUACUUGACCCCAGCCAGUUCAGCUCCAGCGCCAUCCAGAAGAUGACGGAGGUGCCCCACACUUUAGCCACCAGCACCCUGCCCUACGCCUCCACCUUGGGAUACCAGAACGGGGCCUUUGGCACCUUGAGUUGCCCCAGCCAGCACACCCACACUCACCCGUCGCCAACCAACCCGGGCUACGUGGUGCCCUGUAACUGUACGGCGUGGUCUGCCUCCAGUUUGCAGCCUCCCGUCGCCUACAUAUUAUUCCCAGGCAUGACCAAGACUGGAAUAGACCCCUAUUCGUCAGCGCACGCCGCGGCCAUGUAACACCAGGCAGAUCCCCACUGACAGUCCCGUCACCCCACAUGAGCAUUACAGGCGGCAGGAUGGAACGCGCACAUUGAUUGCCAGAGCUCUGGCUGGGCCGAUGGAAUUGGAAUCCCUCCAUGGUGCAUGUAACAGACGAGACUCCAGAAACAAAGAUGUGUAAAGGCCUAAGCGAAAGCACGGGGAAGAUGC